AUGGAUCCAUUUGUGCUGCAGAUCCGCUUCAUCGGAAGCAGCGGACAGCCGGUGAAAGACAUUUGCCGCCAGAGCUGCCUCUCCCCCAUAGAGGCUCUCGAGCUGACGGCGCAGUGCCGUUGUAUUGCCCCAACCGCCCCAGACACUCUCCCGUGCUAUCCUUUUGUUGACCGAGACCCUUUUUGCAUAACAGGGUCCAGCUCUUACCACGUGUACUUCGCGGGGCUGCAGAAGCAGCACGAGCACCGCCAGCUGGCAGCAGCAGCAGCAGCAGCAGCAAACCCAGCAGCAACAGCAGCAGCAGCAGCAGUUGCUAUUUGCAUCCCUGACUUCAAGCUGCGGGGCGAAACAGUUUUGCUGUCGCUGAAAACCCUCAGCUCCAGAACUCUCAAGUUCAGCCUAGCAAAGGGAAAUGGGGAAUAA